CUUGUUCCCCUGCCCCGUAUAACCAGCAAAAUGCAAGACAAGAACGAUCUUCAGCCUGUACGAGAAAUUGAACUGGAAGCCGAUCAUGAAUUUCGAUUCGAAGUGGAGUUCAACAAGCGAUUUGAAAUCAAGCUUUUGAAAGGCACAGCGGAAAUAUUUGGUACGGAAUUAGCUGUCGGUGUGACAUAUUCGUUCAGUGGACGCAAGGCAGCCGUUUAUACUUGGCAUGGUUGUACUUUGGAGAUCCGUGGACAAUUUCUUGUAGAAUAUACCGCCAAUGAAACACCCAUGACGAGCUAUUUCAAUACUCACGUGGCACUACAGCAACUACGGCAAUCAGCAAGAGACAACAAAGAACAGGGACCAAGAGUCCUGGUGAUCGGUCCUCAUGAUGUUGGCAAAACGUCCUUGUGCAAACUUUUAGUAAGUUACGCGCAAAGACAAGGUGAAAAACCCAUUUAUGUGUCGUUGGAUACGUCGGAGGGAUCUAUUACAAUGCCCGGUACCGUGACAGCUACGACGAUGAACAAUAUUAUUGAUGUGGAAGAAGGAUUUGGAUCUUCAGCAACGACGGCGGCUUCCAUGGGCUCGACCACAAUGCCAUUAGCGUACUAUUACGGCUAUGAAAACCCUAGUGAAAGUGUUAAACUGUACAAGCUGGUGGUAUCCCGACUGGCGCACUCGGUCAAAUGCCGUAUCGCUGCUGAUGAAGAAUCACGUACCUCGGGCCUGAUCAUUGAUACUGCCGGGUUGAUUGAUCAAGUAGGCUACGAACUUAUUCAGCAUGCAAUUCAGGAAUUCUCAGUUAAUGUGGUCAUCGUUCUUGGCCACGAACGUUUGUAUAGCGACAUGACACGUAUUCUGAAAGAUCGGUCCUCUAUCAGCGUGAUCAAGUUGACAAAAUCCGGCGGCGUGGUAGAACGCGAUCGACAAUUCAAAACACAAUUGCAACGCGCCAAGAUACAAGAAUACUUUUACGGUACACCAAAGUGUGAAUUAUUCCCUUAUUCUAUGCUCAUCAAUAUGAGCGAUGUGAGUAUAUGGCGCGUAGGCGAACCGAUUGCGCCUUCUUCCGCUUUGCCAAUUGGUAUGGACAGCACAGAAAAUGAGACUCAAGUAGUCAAAGUCGAUAAUCACGAUAUGUGCCUUCACUCUAUCCUGGCUAUUCUCAAUGCGGAUCCCUCCGAACCCGAAAACAAGUUGCUGGAAAGCAACAUUGCUGGAUUUAUCUACGUAUCGGAUGUCGACGAAGAAAAACAAAAAAUGGCUAUUCUAUCUCCUGCUCCGGGUCGUCUACCUCGACGUCAUUUAUUAAUGGGCGCAUUCAAGUGGAUGGAAACAUAGAUCAUUACUGAUAAUAAAAACAAAAAUAAAGCGGCGUCAGGAAAUCAUUCAACUCGGG